CAAAUAACAAAAACAAAGGAUUCUCUUUCUGUUGCUGUAGGAAGUGAUGUGUUUCUGUUUGGUAAAAGAUAAUUUUAGUACAAAGUUUAAACUCUGUAAUGUAUGCGCAGAAAUUAUGAAGUUAAUUAAUCAAAGUUCAAUAUUAUUAUUAGAGCUUUUGAGUUUGGAAAUGAAUUUAGAUAUAUGAUAUAACUGUAAAUGUUUUGAGACUGUAUUAUAAUCUUCGGUAUUGUAUUGCUUCUAGCUUUGAGAACCUCUUUCUGUGCCAUCAAGGGCCCAUUUAGUGUUCUUUCUAGGCAUGUAGACACAAUAACAUUGAUAUUCUUUUCAUGCUAUUUGCCAGUUUCAGUGUUUUUCUUGCUUAAGGUGCAGUCAUGGGCACCAAAUACAAAAAAGUUUUUUUUUUUUUCUCAAAUAAUUACAAAAAUGCCACUUUGCUUUCAUUUUGUUUCUUUUUUUAAAAGAUAUGUACAAAAAAUGUUGAAAACAUUAUAAGAAACUAAAACACAAGGUGCACUUUUAUAAUUAUUUGAAAAAAUAAAAUUAAAAAAUCAUUUUUUCAAACCAAACAGACCCUUAUAUAUUCAUUCCUGAAAUGUUAUGAAUCAUAGUUAUGUUUUGUCUCAAGAUAUGCUAGUUUCCAAGAACACAACAUUACUUUCUUCCUUUCAUGCUGCUUAUGCUUUUCUUUUUUCUGUUUUUUUUUAUCUUCAGGUUUUCAUGGCUGCAUUUCCAAUAUGUUACAAAACACCCUACAAGGACCAAAAUUUACCAACACAAAGUGUAAUAAGGCAAAAUGAGAAGAGGUUCAUGUAUGACUGUGAUAACAUGAUUAGGUCCUUCUCUACAAUUCCUGGUCAAAUUUGCAGGAGUUGCCAUCCAUUGAACAAAGUUAACAACAACAUCCUUACAAAAUCAUGCACAAAAGAUAGGAAUGUGCCAAGGUCCCUAGUUCAUGACAAAGGUUCUUUGGUUAAGAACGUGACAAAAGUUUGUAGUUCAGACACUCACCUAAGCUUCAUUCAGGGACGUUGUUCAAAGAGAGAAAACUUAUCCACAGUUUGGUGUUCAGCUGAGUCUAGCUCUGCUGAGAAGCAACUAAAGUCAUUAGAUUCUUAUUUUGGUAAACUCCAACAUAAUCCAAAGUUACAUAGAUUUGAUUCAUCACACAAGGUGAUACAGGUGAAUCACAGUGCUGAUCAAUCCAAAUCAAAAUCUGGAUUGGAGUCUCUUGAUGAGUAUCUUGGCAAACUAAAUAAUGGAAUCAACCAAGAAUCUCGCGUGCCUUCUUAUGUUGAGAAUCGUAGCGAAGAAAAUUUAGCACCAAAACAAUCUCUCAGCAAAAAUAUUGGAAGAGUACACUUUAGGAAGCAAAAUGCUUAUGUGGAUAUGAGAAGAAUAAAAGGUGUAGGUGGACCAAGGUUUGCUGUGGAUUCACAACAGCAUAAUGAAACCUCUAGUCUCUACUUAAUUGGUAUAUUGGCUUCUGUGAACAUUGCAGUGUUCCUAUUUGAAAUAGCAAGUCCUAUAAGGAGUGCUGAUUUAGAGCUAUUUUCGAUUCCACUACUAUAUGGAGCAAAGAUAAACCAUUUGAUCUUGGUUGGAGAAUGGUGGAGGCUUAUAACACCAAUGUUUCUGCAUGCAGGAAUAUUGCACAUGGCUCUCAGUUGUUGGGCCCUUCUAACAUUUGGGCCUCAAGUUUGCAGAGGCUAUGGUUCAUUUACAUUUUUCUUGAUCUACAUCCUGGGUGGAGUUUCUGGCAACUUGACUAGUUUUCUUCAUACUCCAGAUCCCACUGUUGGUGGAACUGAACCUGUAUUUGCAAUAAUUGGUGCUUGGCUCAUGUAUCAAAUUCUAAACAAAGGUGUUAUCUCAACUGAUGCUUCAGAGAACUUGUUCCAGAAAGCAAUUAUUAUUACAGCUCUUGUUUUCAUACUAAGCCACUUUGGUCCAAUUGAUGAAUGGUCACACUUUGGAGCAGCUUUCUCAGGCAUGGCAUAUGGCUUUCUAACCAGUCCAACACUUCAGCUGAAUGAUACAUCAUCAGGAAGUGGUCAAGAAGAAGGACUCAAACUAGUUAGGAAAAAUGGUGAUUCUUGCAAAUCACUAAUGAUAUUCACCAUAUUCAUCAUUGUUUUAAGCUCAAUCCUUUUCUUUAUGGAGCCACCACCCAAUGCACUUGCAUCUGUCAAUGCAGCAGCUGCUGACACCUUGGAAUUUAUGUUGAUUUUUGGCUGAUGCCACGUGUCAUUGGCUCAUUAGAUUUCUGAUGCAGAUUUACCUUGUAGGAACAUUGGCAACAUACAUUAUACUACUAUAGGGUUACAACAAUAUAAUUGUAUAAGCUUGGUUCUUGUCCGAUAACUAUGUUAUACAAACACUAAUAUUUCCAAUAGUAUAUUACACUUUUCAUACUCAUAGUUGAUAGAUGCUUCCAUAUAAAAGAAUUACACUAUGCUCCUUUGAAAAAUUAAUAUGUACAACACUGUCUAAUUCAUUUUAU